AUGUCUAACCCCCUCGACACUGAGGCUGGCUCUGAGCUUUUCAGCUCUUAUGAAGCAGAGCUGAAGCUUGUGCAAGCAGACCUGUUGCAGAAACUGGACCAGAUCCCAGAGCUGUCAGGAGAGCCUCGUAAAAGCGCAGUCAGUCAGGCAGGGCGGGCUUUGGAGGAAGCAGAUGAACUGCUGGGCUCUAUGCGCUUGGAAAAGCAAAAUAUCCCAACUUCUUCUCGCGCCAAGGUUAACCAGCGAUUCCGCAACUACGAAUCAGACGUCGACUCCCAGCGCCGGAAACUUGCCGCCUUCACUUCUGAUCGCGCAGAUCCUUACGCAUCACGGUAUACGGAUGAGCCCCAGGGAUCAACCGAUGCCCUUCUUGAGCAGCGACAGCAGCUGCUGUCCGGCACGGAACGUCUCGAUAGAAGUACCCAGAGGCUAAAAGCCAGCCAGCAAUUAGCGUACGAGACUGAGGCUAUUGGAGCAAGCACUCUGGCCGACCUUGGAGUUCAGCGUGAAAGAAUUCAGAGUGCGCAUGAUACACUGCUCAACAGCGAGGGCUACGUCGACAGGAGCGUAAAGACGCUGCGGGGGAUGGCUCGUAGGAUGGCUACGAAUAAGGUGAUCACUAUUGCCAUCAUCACUGUUCUGGUACUUUUGAUUAUCGCCGUCAUUGUCAGCAAGUUCAGAUGA